ACUGCGUUCUUGCGAUCAUUGACUUCGUCCAUUGGUCUAUCCUUUGUCAGCCAAUCAUCGAAAAACCAGUGAGGAUUCCCUGUUAAUUAAUCAUGGAGCAUGCUCAGCUUCAGACUUCAGAUGGAACACAGGUGAUGACCAUCAAUGGUCAACAACUACAAGUUCUACAAAUGAACAAUUCACCUCACAUGAUACAAGGUCCAAAUGGCCAACAAAUUGUUGUACAUGCAAUACCAUCUAUAGCCCCUACUAUUCAGGUUGCAACACCUAAUGGCCAGCAGUUGCAACAACUUCAAGUUCUACCAAUAUCGAGUCUCCAAGGCCCUGGAGGUAACAUACAACCAAUGCAACUUGUACAAACACCAGAUGGGCAAACAUUUCUGUACUCACCUGCAGCCAGCACCCAACCCACUAUUGAUCCACCUCAACCACCACCACAAAUCAUACAUCAGCCUACUGUGAUAAACAUAAAUGGCAACGUGCUUCAAAUGACAGGGGUCAGUAACACACUUCAGCAACACCAGGUUAUUAAUCAACCAAAUAUUGUAAUGUAUAACAACAGCAAUAACGCGGGGGCGUCGUCAGAAGGCGCCUGUUCCUCCACGGCGGGCUCGGACGAGGAACCGCUCCUGUAUGUAAACGCGAGACAAUACAAACGCAUCCUUAAACGUAGGGCGGCACGUGCCAAAUUACACGAGCAAGGCAAGAUACCAAAGGAGCGACCGAAAUACUUGCAUGAAUCUAGACAUAGGCAUGCAAUGAACAGAAUACGGGGUGAAGGUGGCAGAUUCCAUUCUGGAAGCAGGAAGAAUAUGGAGGAGUUAGCAAAUAACUCGGAAGAUAUAAUGCAAUCUUUAGAAGAAAUGAAACCCGACACAGUAUCCAUCACAAUUAUACAGGAGGAUGAAAGUCAAGAUCGUCCGGCAGCGAAUCAGUGGAGGCGGCUUGCGCCACACCAACCAUUACACUCCACGUAACCCACUUUACAAAUCGAAUCAUCAUUGUGAAACUGUUACUGUUAUUAAGUAAAGUGAAGUUCCAAAUUGUGCCCGUCUAUUGUGAAUCUUAUGUGGAAAGUGCAGUGUUGUGUGCAGUUUCUCUAAAAAUUAAUAUUGGUCCCAUACUAUGUAUAUAUAUUAGAAGACAAAAGAAACUUUCAUUAGAUGUUUAAUUCGCCAAUCUGUUUUCACAAACUACUCCAGUGAUUGGAUAAAUUUGGACUUUCUAUGAAACAUUUUACAAUCAUAUUUGGUUUGCGAAUUAUUUCUUUGAAAUUAGAAUUAUUUAAUCAUGAUUUCUGUCUAUAAUAUUUAUUUUUAAUAUUUAUGAUUUCUAAUUCAUUAUUUACAGCCAAAAAUAUCAAUAGAUGUUUUGUAUGUAUAAAGCUAUUUUGCCAAAACAAAAAGAGCCCAUUCGAUCUUUUUUUUUGUAUUCUAAUUAAUUCAUCUAAUUAAAUUGAUGCUUAUAAUAAAAAAUAAAGCAUUACCAUGUGUGAAUGUCUAAUUUCAUGAUUUGCAAUAUUUAUAAUUAAGAUUAUGUAAUUAAAUUUAUUUAAGUUUUCUGUUACAUUUUGCGAAUUGUUUGUAUUUACAAGGAAUAACUUAUGUGCUAAAAGCAUUAGAACUCCAUAAUUUGCAAUAUAAGUAGGUGACAUUUAUGAUUAAAUAGGUAUUUAAUAUAUUUGUACAAGUAAUGCCAUUUUUAUAAGUAGCAUCUUAAAAUUCAUCUACACAGAAAAAGGUAUGUAAGCUAAAUCCUUAAAAUAGACUCUAUGGCGUUAUAUUUAAAUCUACAUCCAUUGAGAUAUGUCACGAUGCUGCGGGCAUCGAAUAUGGCGUGCACACAAAUGGCAAACGACUACGAUAAAUGCGCAACGCUAGGAUUGGCUACAAUUAUUGGCGCCUUUUAGAAAUGGAACUUCAGCAUAGGUAAAUAAAUAAUACUUUUUAUUCUCUUUCUGUAUUCAUUGUUUGUUUCAUCUCGUAUUUUGUUUCUGUACUUGCAUAACGCUUUUUAGGAGCGGAGUGAAUUGAUUUGACAUCAGACAUUAUGGUACACAGAUGAUAAAAAUAUGUAGUUUAUAACAAUGAUUUUACUGUAAUACAUAAAAAGGUAAUGGUGUAAUGUCCAGUGAAGACUAAUAUUAUUUUGUUGAGAAUGUUAUAACCACUUGUUAUAUUACGUGGGUAUAUUAUUUUUCAAUGCAGUAAUUUAAAAGAUUGUCACUAUAAAUAAACUAAUUUUAUCUAGUUAUUGUUAUGAUGAACUGUAAUAGUUGAUGACCUGUAAAAUUGUUGUUGCUAUUGUCAAAUUACAGAUCUUGUGUUAAAGGAUUCAAUAUGAGUGAUUAUUUCUCCUCUUUAAUAAUGUGUUAAUAAGAAGCUUACAAAUUCUUUUAACAAAGUAACUGAAUGUGGCAUUCACUCAGAAUAAAAAUUUAGACAUAUGACAUAGUUUAUAAUUCAAAACUUGAUAUAGACUAUAGUUUUGGUUACAUUGACUAAAAAUUACCAAGAAAUUUUUACUGAAGUGACUUUGACUAUGUCGUACAUUUUUUUAUUUUUAUUUGCUGUGUUAGUUUAAGUGAUGUUAAUUAUUGAAUAAAAAGCAAAUUGUACCAAUAGAGAAAGGCUUGAGGUCCAAAAGUUCGCGACAUUGUUUUGAAUAGAAUAACAAGUCUAUUCUUCCUUUUCAACGUUAAGCUGAAACCUCUUUGACCUUAUUGACAUCGAAAGAUUUUAUUUCUUUUCUUGAUUUGGAAAUCUAGGAGUCUGCUGCAUGAAUCGUUGACUAGGAUGUUCGAGUUGAUUUCGAUAUUUAAUGCCCUUUUGGACCGUCCCUCAUAUCAAAGGAGAGACAUUCUUUUUGCUACAAACUAUAAAUUAAUUCUGACUAUUUUUACUCAGUUUCUUGGAUUGUUAACUUGUAAAUUCUGUAUAUAUUUUAAAAUAAUAGGAAAAUUAGAGUUUUAUAGUAUUUGUAUUGCAAUCAACGUUUUCCAAGUACAAAAUAAAGAUUGCACUAAAAAAAUUGGUUUUAUUAUUAUUUCAGUCAAGUGCCAGUCAAAUGAAAGUAAGGAUUGAGAAAUAAGCAAACUGGUAGGUAUAUAGUAAAACAAUUUUAUUCAAAAAGAGAUCCAUAAACAUGAUUUCCAAAAGAAAUAUUCAGGUAGAUUAGUUAUUUCACUUAUAAACUACUUUAUUAAGUACCUAGAAGUUGGCAUCUAGUUAAUUCAAUAUAAAAUAUAACAUCGGACAAAUUACUUUUUGAACAUAAAAAUUAACAUUAUAAAUAUCAACAUUAUUAACAGAAGUAUAAAAAAUUAAGAAGUAUAAAGAAAUGAAAUUUAUGAUGGGAUGUUAUCAGUGGCGGACUAACCUCAUCGGAGGCCGGGCCGGCAAUAGGCCUGGUUCGAUAUUUUUUCCGACCAGGACAGAAA